CACUAACCAAACUGUCCUGCAAGCCGGCGUCUUUUUUUUCAUGUUCCAAACAAACCACUGCCAAGGUGAUAGACAAAGCAUUUAAAGAAACAAUCUGCAAUCGGCAGAUUGAGAAAAUUGUACUAUAGCUGAAUGUUUUGGUAGACUGAGUGGCCAAGAUGUGCCCCGAACUUUUAUUUUUCGCCGUGGGACUGGCGUUUUGCCAUGGAAGUGCGAUCAUGGCUGCACAAGAAACGGAUACGGUUUACCUGUCACCGGGAACAUCCAUUGAUAUGGCAGCCAAUUUAUAUGGGUCCAAGACGCUUCGAACCUACUGCUACCCUGGCGAAAAGAACUCGGUACUGGGCCUGUUCGAAACUGUUGAAUUUGUGCUGAACAUCGCCAACGACGAAUACACAGAAUAUGGCGGCAAGUCCCCAGAGGAAGUCCUUGAGCACUACAACGAGCAGAAGUCGCUGUUUAGCUUGACCCUGUUCUCUCAGAAGCGAAAGAAGAUUCCAUUGGCCCCGUACGAGCAGCAGUGCAUAGGCGUGGCCUCGAGGGAGCCGUAUAAUGUAACCCUAUACUACCGUCAAGUGGACUUGAUGCGCUUGCUGCAGCUAAGUAUUGGAAUUUUGAUCUUCUGGAGCAGCCGUCGUUUGGCCAAGAAUGCGGUAUUCUAUUACCUAGCUGGUGGUUCCAUGGGCAUCUUUGCCUCUAUUCUGAUCAUCAUUUUCCUGGCUUCGAAACUCUUUCCGCGGCGCCCGAUGAUGUACGGCGUUUUGAUUGGCGGCUGGACCAUUGGCUUUUAUGUAAUCAAGCAGCUGGUGGACAACAUGAGAGUGAUACUCCUCACCUACAGGGACUACGUGGUUUGGUAUUUGGUCAUAACAGGACUGAUCUCGUUUCUGAUUUGCUAUCGUUUUGGGCCACCAAAGAACCCCCGGUCACAGAACAUUAUCAUGUGGGUGCUUCAGGCCCUUGGCGGCGCUCUGAUAUACUUUAGCAGCUGGCACACCAGAGUUACGAUUUUCGUAAUGGUGGUGACUUUUGUGGCCCAUUACUUUCCCCCAUCGUGGAUCGCCUACGCUGUUAGGAUGUACCGACUUCGUUUUCCGCCCAAGAUGAGAUUCCUGACCCAGGAGGAAUACUACCAGCAAACCGUCAACGAGACGGCCAAGUCCCUUUCGGAGCUGCGCCAGUUUGUCAACAGUCCGGAAUGCAAACAGUGGAGCGUCAUUGCAAACCUUCGCAAUCCCAUGCGCUUCGCCUCGUUUGCCAAUGGAGCCCCGCACCUGUUUGACGAGGAGAUAGAUGACUACUCAAGGGCCAUCGAGGAGUCCAUGGAGCAGGUUGCCGAAGAGGAGGCGGAGGAGUUUGUCCAGUGCAGUAUGUACUAUCGGCCGCCGGCAGAGCGGCAUUCGUCCGAGAACCGGGAUCGCGACCGGGCGAGUGCUCAAAUGCCAAUCCACAGCCGACACUACGAGGCCCAGGCAAACGAUGAUAUCAGCACGGACGAGGAAGAGGACAACAACGAGUAUGUGGACCAAGACGACUCGGACUAAUCUAAGACACCAUUGGGCCCCCAAGAGAUGCGUGGGGCCGGUCCAUCUUUAACCGGGGGGCAAAAAUGCCAAAUACGUAAAACGUUAUAGACUCGUAGGGUAACAGGGACUUGCAGAGCUCACUGGCCGACCGACUGGAAGCUCUUCACCUACUUUCAUCCAGCAUCAACUCUCGAAAACGGCAGCAGGUCUGUUCAUCACUCUCAUAGUUGUACAUUUUAAACGGCACUUAAUCUGCACAACUAUACAACUCAUCAGACCCAAUGGCUUCACUUGAGGACUAAAACCAAUAUAAUUUUCGUUCAUUUUUCCGUUUGUUUUGUAAAAACUUUAUUGUUCCAUACAGUACUUAUCUCGAAAACUUAUUUUGACUUUAAGAUCUCUUUGACAAUUAAACCAUCAAAUCAUAAUUACAUCACUAAACGCAUAUUCCUGUAAUCCGUUCAAGUUCAUUUCAUUGUAAAUGUUUGUGUAAAACAAAAAAAAGAUUUAAACAACUAGUAGAAAUAAAUUAAAACUAUUUAAUA